AUGGCUAUUAGAGAUAUCGGACCGUAUGGAUGGACCGUGCCUUCCAUCAAAGAUCCCAUAGGAAGUAUGGUCACGAUCAUGAAACAGUAUACGAAGCAAAUGAAGGAUCUGAGCAAGCACUCCGACCUUAACUGUCGUACUGCGCCUGAUCCUAGUAAAAUCGUCAUUCAACACCACUUGACCAAAGCUCGAAUGGCAGCAGGUCUGAACAGCUAUGUUGCCGUCAUAUAUAACGGCCAUGGCAUCCAAGAGCCCCCCACAGAGGCAGGAGAGCUUUGGUGCUAUGAUAAAGAUUUUGGAGAAUGUUUGCAGAGCGGUGGGCCCUCCGAGUACAUUCCCAUUCUCCUCUUCGACAUGCUCACGUGGGCCGGCGCUUCUACCUGUUUCGUAUGGGACUGCCCCAGUGCUGGUCGAUUCAUUCGCGCAGCUCACACCGAAGCGAAUGAGAUUGACUCUCAACUUCGCGCCGCUGCUGCUCAAAACCCCUCUGUCGCCGAAGUCCAUCCCGCGAUAUACACCAGACGACAGAUCCACUUUGCUGCAUGCGGCGCAGGAGGUGCAGUCCCAAGGGUCAAAGGUAUGCCAGACGACCUGUUUACGGCCUGUCUGACUACGCCCUUGCGGAUUGCUCUGCUCUUUCACAAUCUGCAAACGUUCCCGCUCACCAAGAGUGACAGUGAAAGGUCGAUCCGCAAGUCUGCCAGUUACAUGGAAGCGCUAUGGGACAAUAUGAGCCAGAAACUCAAAGGUAGGCUAUGGUCUGAAUUGUCAGCCAUACUACACACCAUCGCUUGGCAGACGCUCGAGGGUGUAGAUUACCAAAAGCUAUUUGGCAAGUCGGGUGAUGUUGUCAACAACCUUUCCAGCGGGUUUCUGCUCUCUCAGAGAGUCUUUGCGGCCUACAAUGCUACGCCCGAGUCGAUACCUGCCAUCCCAUCGGCCAACAGCCACGCGCUAUGGACGACAUGGGACUUGAUUCUCGACAACUUUUUCGAGCAGCUUCCCAGAUACUUUGAAGACACCCGACACGCCAAAGACACAAACUGGGAGAAGGAGGUCAAGCUGGUGUCGUUCAUGGCAGACCAGCUGGAAAGCAUCACCGCAGCUGAUCAAGACCUGCUGUUCACCAGAGCUCCGAAAUCAGGAAUGAUCCCUGGUCUUACCCGCCUGCCGAUCAUAUGCGAAGCGGCAAUGACCUCCGAGUUUAGGAUCACAGCCUGCGCAGCGCUUGAUGCUUGCCUUCGAGUUCUCGACGUUCGGGACUUGGCGCACGCUGUUCAAGGCGGGGCUCUCGACGUUGCAGCAAAGCUCUUGGCGUCGGACGAUGUCAAUAUCAAGCCUCACGUGAUCAGUAUAUGGUCAUCAUUGGUUCGGCAUGAUGUUUGCGUAUUAUCUCUUGCCCAGGAAGGACUCGAGUCUGAACGACUCACGACCGUCCCGGCCGUCCAAUUCUUUCUCAACGCCCUUCAAGAGCAGCUGCUAAUGCACGAGGAGAAUGAGCAGUCUUCUACACUCGACGUAGCCCCAAUCAUACAGAUCUCUGCGGUCCUUGCAGCGAUUGCCAACUUUGUUGCAGGCCGAUCAGCCCCUCGCUUUGUGCUUCGUACGCUCAACAUGUCGACCGUCAUGUUACGCACUUCUAUCGACAUCGUGCGACAGUGGGGCGCUUUGCUCGUCUCGGAAGUCUUGGGAUGUCUAGACAGGCCAGACGACGAGGAGCUGGUGGCCAAUCUCAAAAGUGAUCUACUCGAAAUGAUAGACGAUGGCAAUGCGGAAACCCGUGCCGCCGGCGUGUAUGCGCUCUCGAGAUGGCUGCCUGUAGGAGAAUCAUGGUCGGAGGACGAGCUCGAGAAAGCUCUCGAGUUCUCUGUAAAACUUGUCGCUCAGAACAAGGUUGAAGGGUCACCUUUGGUACGGAGAGAGCUUGCCAAGGUCUUUGUCAAGAUCCUCCAGUCGGCCAAAGGCUAUGCGGCCGUUGCUCUAUGGACCCACAUCUUGCAGGAAGCCUUGCGAGACCGCCCUGCAGACCGCACAAAGGUCGAGGACAGUAUCCUGGCUCUGGGGAAGAAACUCAAGAUUGAUCGAGAGGACAAACAGAGACUUUUUCGUGUUACUGGUAUCAUCAAGGCAAUCUGCUCGCAAAUGUUUGAUCCUGACCCCGUGGUUGCCAAGCUUGUCCACCAAUCAUUGCGGGGCAUCAUUCUCUCGUUGAAGGCCCAGUCACAACAGCACAAGGGCGCCCAAAAAAGUGAAAUCUGGGAAGACAUAUAUCUGGCUGCCUUUCCCUCUAGCGGGGUAGAUAACGGAGCUUCGUGGUCGGGGGACAUGAUGAACGUCAUUCUACUGUCGGGAGAUACCGUAGCAGAGCUCUGGGAAGAACAAAGGCAGCCCAGCGAGGACCUGUCGAGGCCAUUGCAUGACUCUGGGGAACGCAAGAAGAAUGGGGCAAAAAGAAGCAAGGUCAACCACGAGCUGUUUUUGCGAAGCAAAUUGGCUCUGCAAGCUCAUGUCGCUCAAGCAAACCGCAAGGCCCCUGGUUCGUCUCUAGACAAUGCACGAGUCAAGUCGUCUUCACAAGAAGACCUCUCCUCAAUGAGACAUCGAGAGUUGGAAGACUCUCUUGUCAUUGGGGAACAGCAAGUCGGACUUCCUUGGAAAUGGACCAUGAGAGACAUCACAUGCCCCGAUCCUUGGUCAACCGUCAUAUUCCACUCGUUCAACAGCACCGUCAUGUCCUGUAAUAAAGGGCACGACCUUCUCUUUUGGGACUGGAGUUCAUCCAAGAAGACUGGACAUGUCACGCUGAAACUACCAGAUAACGAGAUGAUAACGUCGGCUAGAUUCGUCAAUGAGCUGCACGAGCAGAAUGUCAUUCUGGCGGAGAUAACCAACGGAGAUAUCCAUAUCUUUGCGGGAUCCCAGGACUCUACACGCAUCAAGCCAAUCGCAAACUUCCGCGCCUUAGACAUGUACUCUCCCCGAUACAUGAUCACUGCAGACCAGAAUCGUCGAAAGAUUGUAACGACCUGGUACAGAUCAAGCGGAAAACUUUGUGUCGGAGGGGCUAGCAACGUCAUCAACGUUUGGGACUGUCCUGCCGAGAGAUGUUCACAAGUCUUGAACACCGAGUCAGAAGUUCCUGUCACGAGUCUCAUAACAGAACCCGUCUCGGGGAGGCUCUUGUUUUCAGGUCAGGACGACGGGAUGGUCAAGCUUUACGACCUGCGACAGUCCUCUGGAAAGGCUGUUCUGUAUUGGAAAGCAGACGCUACUUCUCACUUGACGUCUGACGAAACAACAGGGUUCAAGAGUGGUGCCGCGCGCGGAAUUGCAAAGAUGGGCGUUAUCCUUGGAGAAAGCAAGCAUGUCUCAUCAGCAUGUUACAACGGCGUGCUAAGCGUGCAUGACAUUCGAAACCUGUCUCAACCAGCUGCUUCUGUACUGGCCCACCCGGAGGGCAUAUCGUCAGCUUCAUUUCAGCCCCAAUCCGGCUUGAUGUCAACGAUAUCCAUACUUGGUGUAUCGCAGGAGCAUGGUUCACAGGUCAAGCAUGACCCCGAGAUCGUCAAACAGAAACCAUUAUCCCAGAAGUUUCAAUUGGCAACGGCACUUUCGCACCUAAGCGUCCGACCAAGAUCAUCCUCCUCCACACGAACCCUUCCUUCAGUACAGCCGAACUCAUCAGCCAGUCCGACUGCCAAUUGGUCGUUGCACAGAAUGGCCUUAGGGUCAUGUGAGCCUGUCACAUCGGAAACUAUGGCUUUCCCGGUCCAGUCGCCAGACGUUCAGGCCCAGAAUUACCGGCCCUAUACCGUCAUGCACCCGCUCCGACCCUUCUUGGGUAUUGGGUAUGGCCGGAACUGCCAUCUGAGAGGAUGUGGAGUCGGAGAAGGAGAUUGCACGGAUAGUGGCAGUUAUACGUUCCUCAAAUCGCAGGCAAAGUUCUUGAUUUAG